AAGCGGGGCGGGGGCGCGCUCGCCCUCCCCCCCCCGGGGGCGCCCCCCCCCCGCGCGCAGCCCUCGCGCCCUCGCGCCGCGCACUGGGCCUCGAUGCGCGAGGCCUGCGCGGCGGACGCCUUAACAAAGGUGCGCGAAGCCGUCGCGGAGCUGCAGGAGGCGGACUUCGGGGGGCUGCAGGGCCUGCAGCGGGCCAGGGCAAACCUCGCCGAUGCCCUGGAGGAGGCGAAGGAGGCCGGCGUGACCACCGAAGAGCUCCUGGAGGCCAGCAAGACCAAGACCUUCGACGCGGACGACCAGGAUGCCAUUGGUGCUGCUGCACGGCGCGCAAGGAAAAUACGCCAGCUGAAGAAGGAGGAGAAGGCUCAGCAGAGGCUCCGCGCCGCGAAGGAGUACGAGAACGGCAGAGCAGACAGGGUGGCACAGGCCGCAGCCGCGCGGAGGGCCAGGGCCCAGCAGGAGGAGGAGCAGGCCGAGCAGCGAAGAAUCGCCAGG